GCGCACUCGCGCGCCUGUCUGUCUGUGCGUCUCCGUCACUCAUAGCAGCUUGUACCUUAAUCAGGUAGUUACACAUUCCAGGGGAAAGACAGGGGAGAGAGAGAGAAAGUGUGUGUGUGUCUGUGUGUGUGUGUGUGUGUAUGUGUGUUUACGUGUGUGAGAGAGAGAGAGACAGAAAGGGACAGAGAACGAGAGUAGAGAUGUCUUGAGAUGUCUUGAUGGAUUGUUGGAUGGACCUGGUUGUCCAUUACGCAGGAGUCUAAUUUUCGGACGUUAUUAGCUAUGGAUCGCUCAGAUCGAUUUUAAAACUGACAGCAUCCAUUAUCAGAGAGGUGAUCAAGGAGACAAAUAUGGACGCCGAGACUCUUAUUAAACACAUUGAACGAGACAUGGAGGCCACUUCCUUACCUUUAUCAGUGACCGAUGACUGGCUGGAGGAUGGAAACGAGACAAGCGGGAAUCAGUUCCAACAGCCUGACUGGCAGGUGGCUCUGUGGGCUAUAGCCUACUCCCUCAUCAUCCUGGUGUCCAUCACUGGGAACAUCACAGUGAUCUGGAUUAUCCUCGCUCACAGGCGCAUGAGGACUGUAACCAACUACUUCAUCGUCAACCUGGCCUUCUCUGACGUUUCCAUGGCGUCAUUCAACACUCUUUUUAACUUUGUCUACGCGCUUCACAAUGACUGGUACUUUGGUCUGGGCUACUGCCGAUUUCAGAACUUCUUCCCCAUCACUGCCAUGUUUUCAUCAAUAUACUCGAUGGCUGCCAUCGCGGUGGACAGGUACAUGGCCAUCAUCCACCCCCUGAAACCCCGCCUCUCAUCCACCUCUACAAAGGUUGUGAUUGCCCUGAUCUGGAUAGUAGCCAUCUCGCUGGCUUUCCCUCAGUGUUAUUACAGUGUGACCAGAUUUUACUACCCCAGAACUGUGUGCAUGGUCGACUGGCCUGAUGAUUAUGGGGGAACACAUCAGCUAAGUUAUCAGUAUGCAGUCAUCUUGCUGAUCUACUUGCUCCCUCUGCUGGUGAUGUUGGUGACCUACAGUUUAGUCGGUCGAUCGCUGUGGGGAGGGCACAUCCCCGGAGAGGGGACGGACCACUACCACAACCAGAUAACAGCCAAGAGAAAGGUGGUGAAGAUGAUGGUUGUCGUGGUGGUGACCUUUGCCCUGUGCUGGCUGCCCUACCACAUCUACUUCAUACUGGGAUCAUUUAACAGAGAGAUUUAUAAACAACAUUACAUUCAGCAGGUGUAUCUGGCCAUUUUCUGGUUGGCGAUGAGUUCGACCAUGUACAACCCCAUAAUUUACUGCUGUCUUAACCAAAGGUUUCGUGCUGGUUUCCGUCACGCUUUCGCCUGGUGUCCCUUCAUUAAAGUGUCGGAGGAGGACAAGAUGGAACUGCAGCACACACACACCUUCAGAGUCACCAUGACGCGCAGCCACCGCAAAGACAGCGCAUGCAUGCAUACCUCCACCAAAUUAAACCACAACUUUGACACAAACAUGGCCGUCAGCGCCGAGCCGAACACUGAGAGAAAUGCUUACAUUCAGCUUAAAAAACAGACAUCGUCAAAAACAAACAGAACGCACAACACAGAUGUGGCGAAGAGGCCGAACGAUACAAAAUCCUCAGCUGUCAAACUUAUGCAGCAUACUUACUGACUACUACAGCCAAUAAAGACAGAUGAGAGGCAACCACAGCUGAGCAAACCACGUAACUUUCAUCCAUAUGGAAAAUCUUGAAGAAAACAGUUGUUUGUUAGA